AGACAGGUAGUGGGCAGACCUAUGCGACACCAGAGAACCAGCUGCUGUACUAUCCCAGCAUCACCUACGCCAUCAUUGGCAGCUCCGUCAUCUUUGUACUGGUGGUGGCCCUCCUUGCCCUGGUGCUGCAUCACCAGCGGAAACGAAACAACCUAAUGACGCUGCCUGUGCACAGGCUGCAGCAUCCCGUGCUCCUGUCCCGCCUGGUAGUUCUUGAUCACCCCCAUCGCUGCAGCGUCACCUACAAUGUCAACAAUGGCAUCCAGUAUGUGUCCAAUCAAGUCUACCACAAUUCCUUGGACUUGGAGUCUCCUCCCUCUUACUCAGAAGCUGUGCUGGACCAAAGCAGACCUCCGUGGUUCGACCUCCCUCCUCCCCCUUACUCUUCAGAAGGUGAUUCCUUGAGCCAAACUGAGCUGCCCCCCUACCGCUCUCGAGCCGGGAGCGCGGCAAGCUGCAGCCCAGCAGCAGACAGAGGCUUCCUCAGCAUCUCUAGCAGUCAGCCCCAAGACGGCAGCAGCUCGACCAACCACCCUCACCCAUCUCCGGAGAGAACACCAGAGCCAAGUGACUCGCUGCUCAACUCAGGCAUGAUGGAGGACCUCUAA